AAAGAGGCAAAGUAUUACAAAGUAAUAGAUUCGAAAAUUAAAUACAAACGCAUUCCAAUUGAAGUCAAAUAUCAAAAUGAAAAGAAAGAUAGAUUGAUAAUCGAAACUCCACUUCUUUUCAGCUUUGGAGUAAAUGAGAAAAAGAACCAAGAAACGAAAAUGUUAGUCGGUUAUAGCAUUCCAAUAUGUCUUUGGGCUAAACAUAGUGAGCCAAAUCCUGAAGAAAAAACAUUUUUUGAAGCUAUAAACAAUAUAACAACUAUUUGCCAGCAACAUCUAGAGAAUGAAUAUGGCGCAGAUUUAGCAUCAUCUCUGUCUUCGCCAUUUUAUUACAAACAGGUUGAGUAUACAGACAAGAAAGGAAAAAAUAAAACUAAGAGAGAUGAGUCAGCCGCCCCAGUACUUUACACAAAACUUAUUUACUCAGAAAAAUCACAGAAAAUUCUUUCUUUGUUUAAAACAUAAGGCAAAGAUAGUGUUAAUCCUUUUCAAUAUCUUGAUCAGUACUGUCAUGUGCAUAUGGCUUUAAUUAUAGAAGGGAUCUUUAUCAGUAAAACUGUUGUAUCUCUCCAAAUCAAAGUGCACAAGUGUUAUGUUAAACAACUGAAACCUCGGCAGUCUUUACGAAAAAUUAAUGAAAGUGAUAACGAGAGCAAUGAUGAAAGUGAUACUGAGACCGUUGAGCAAAGUGAGGUUGACAAUAUUGAAGAUCUAAUUAUUUCUGAUAAAGUGGAUGAGUAA